UGGUAAAGUGGUAAAUGGAAGAAAAUAAAAUAAUUGGUGAAUAUUUGGCACAUGUCACAUUAGAAUAUUCCAAGAAACUACGACAUUAAGCCAAGCCUUAAAAUUUUAUUUUCAAAAUUCAAUAUACUCCUAGUUUCCUCUCUCAAGUAUAAUAUUUUAAAUAAAAUUUCUCCCAAAACAAUUUCAAAACUACUAAGUCCUUUGCCAUAGUGGAAUUGCAUCUUAAUUCAUCUAAUCUUCUGAAAGGUUCACAAAUGGGCUAUGUUAGUGAUUUACGCAUUGCGGUGAUAUGUUCUAGCAACAUGAAUCGCAGCAUGGAAGCCCAUGCGUUUCUAUCCAAAAAAGGGUUUGACGUUAAGUCCUAUGGAACAGGCGAGAAAGUGAAGAUACCUGGUUCUGCAGCUGAUAAGCCAAACGUGUACGAAUUUGGCACUUCUUACGAUGAUAUAUAUGUGGACCUACUCCAAAAAGAUAAAUCUUUAUACACCCAAAAUGGUUUACUGCAUACCCUAGAUAGGAACCGGAGGAUUAAAACUCAUCCUGAGAAAUUUCAGGAGGCAGAUGAAAAGUUUGACAUCCUCAUAACAUGUGAGGAACGGGUUUACGAUCAAGUUCUAGAAUAUAUGGAAAAUAAAACGCCAAUCGACAACUCAAUAGUUCAUGUUAUCAAUAUUGAUAUUCAAGAUAACUUGGAAGAAGCCACCAUUGGAGCCUUUUUAAUCAGCGAUAUGUGUCUUAUGAUGGCGAAAGCUGAAGAUCUAGACAAUGAUAUUGAAGAAGUCCUUCACAAUUUUGAAGAAAGGUGUCAGCGAUCGAUUUUACAUAGCAUUGUUUUUAACUGAAUUUUAGGUUUAGACAAAUAAUUUUAUUGAUAUAAACGAUGUGGGGCAAGUGUAAACUUGUGAAUGAAUAAAAGGUUUGAAUGUUUAUUAUUAUAUAACUAGACUUGAGUGAAAUAAAGUAUAUUUUGUAUUGUAUUAACUUAGCUUUUCGUAUUAUUUUUCGAUGGUCAACAAAUGUAAUUAUAAUUAUGAUUUUUGACUGACGAACUCGAGUGUAUCGUAUCUGUUAUACAACUACUGACACUAUCUUCAAAAAUAAAUCAAUAUAAUUAUU